AUGACAGGAGAGGCUGGAUGGACUCCUGAUCAGUGGGGUCAUUCAAGAUUCAGAAGUCUAAAUGUUUCUACUGACAAUGCUACUAAUCAAAAACAUUUGUCUGGUUUUAUGCGAUCACUUCUAAAGGCAAGUUUCUUAGAUUCAAUGCACGAUCACGCCGAUGCUUGGCCAUUCAAGGAUCCAGUUGAUGCACGGGAUGUUCCUGAUUAUUAUGACAUCAUCAAAGAUCCAAUGGAUUUGAAGACAAUGUCUAAGAGGGUGGAGUCAGAGCUAUAUUAUGUAACAUUUGAGAUGUUUGUUGCGGAUGUCAGAAGAAUGUUUGCGAAUGCGCGCACCUAUAAUUCUCCAGAAACCAUUUAUUACAAAUGUGCUACAAGGCAUGUUCCAACUCCUGGUUCACCCUUUCCCCUCCCUGUCAUGUUUCUUACAUUUAUGAUUGUGAAUGCAGUUAUUCUAGCCAAUGCUAUCCACCGUAGCUGCAUGGAUUGCGUUAUCACUCUUAGAAAAAUAAUUCUGGUCCCUGAUCCGAAUGGUCUGAUGUAA